AUCCAAUAUUCUAUAAAAAAAUAUUCAUAAUUUUCUGCGAAGUAGGUCGUACAUAUAAUCGUCUUAAUAAAAGUUGAAAUUAUCUUUUUUCUUUUCUUUUCUCUUUUGUUCCUUCAAUUUCUGUAUAAAAAUUAAUAUUAAAUUUCAAUAACUUGUACCGCAUUUUAUUAUUACUUGUUUUCUUUUUAACGAAAAGUUACAGAAACCUAAGACGAGUAUUGACAUGGAACUUCCAAAAUUGUUAUUACAUAUCGGCCUAAUAUUGGCCACAGUCACGAAUUUUUGUAUUGCCGAUGAUGAUGCCAAAGGUCCAAAAUAUAUAUAUCGUUUACCCAUCAUCUCAAAACCAGUUGAUUAUAACAUCAGUCUGAUUAUUCCGGAUCUCGAAAAAAGCAAUACUUUUCACGGUGAAACCAUUGUCACUGUCGACAUUGUUCGCGAAACGUUUCAUAUAAGCUUACACUCGCAAGGAUUAGAAAUAAAUGAAACGGCGACAACGUUGACGAACAAUACUAUAGUCUAUACACCGGAGGCAUAUACUUAUAACCAUGGAACGAAUAUAUUAUCGCUACAUUUCGAAAAUCAAUUGUAUCGCGGUAAUUACACCCUGAACAUGAAGUUUGCUGGUAAUUUCUCUCAGAUAGAUUCUGGCAGUGGUGGUUUUAUAAAAAUUCCGUACACAUACGAGGAAGGAAACACCAAAUAUUACAGAACGUUGGCCGCAACACACCUCAUGCCAAAUAAAGCCAGACGAAUGUUUCCAUGUUGGGACGAGCCAGCGAUAAAAACUUACUUCAUGAUUUCCGUGAUGCAUCAUCAGAAUUACACGAUCACGCCACUCUUGGAGGAGUAUACCAAUAGAACCAAAGGGCUACCGAAAAUAGACCACGUCAUGGUACCAAAUUAUCCGGUCGACGGCAUGGAAGAUUGGGGAAUCAUCAUUUACAAGGAAUCAGAAGUUGUCUACGAUGAUAGCAAGGAUCCUAUAUUUCAGAAAAGGAAAGUAGCGUCGUUAGUAGCACAUGAACUCGCACAUCAGUGGUUCGGCAAUUUCAUCACCCCAUCUUGGUGGCCUGACUUGUGGUUAAGCAAGGGGUUUGCUGUGUUCUUCCAAGUGUAUUUCCUCAACAAGACAUUUGAAGACUGGCGGUCAAUGGACUUUUUCGUUACUGGGGCUAUACACGAUACUCUCCAUUUAGAUAUUGGUUUAUUGGAUUCUGUUAACUUGAACCUUCAUGAUACCUUGGAUUAUGACCAACUCUUUGGUGAUGAAGUUUAUAAAAAAGCUCCAGCUAUAUUGCGCAUGUUAUAUCAUGCAGUAGGCGACGAGGUAUUUCGAAAGGGUAUCAUCAAGUAUUUCGCUACAAAGCAAUAUACGGCGUUCACUCCCGAUAAUUUGUGGAGCGCCAUACAAAGUGCUAAAGACGAAGCUUCUUACGUCCCUUAUAUGCGAGAUCAAAAAUUCAGAAUAAAAGAAGUGAUGGAUACGUGGAUAGUCCAAAAUCGUUAUCCUGUGCUGAAUGUAACGAAACGAUGAAUUACGAAACUGCUCAAGUGACAAUAACACAAAAAUGUUUUCACGAACUUAUGCCUGCCAAUAAUAAAUGGUGGAUACCCAUAUCCUACACUUACCAGGACUUUCCACAUUUUUUCAAUACUAUGCCCAAUAAUUGGUUAAAACCAGAUGAAACUCUUAGAGUGCAAAUUAUUACAAGAGGUUGGAUUAUCGUCAAUCUACAACAAACUGCAUACUGUCGUGUCUAUUACGAUACCGCAAUUAUGGAAAGAAUCAUACGUUACUUGAACUCUGAAGAAUACAAGAACAUACACGUCCUCAAUCGUGCUCAAAUUAUCGAUGAUGCAUAUGCUUUUUUGCUCGAAGAUCAACUAGAUAGCUCCGUAUUCAUGAAUCUUAUAAACUACCUAAGACGAGAGAGAGAUUAUGUGGCAUGGCGUCCAAUGUUCCGAAUAUUAGGACGGAAUAAGAAGUACUUUUCACUGCCAGAGAGUAAA